CUGCCCCCAGCUGCCCCCCAUGGAGUGACCCUGCCCCGGGGGGGGGCAGCUGGCAGCGGCACCAUGAGCGACUUCUGGCACAAGCUGAGCUGCUGUGUGGUGGAGAAGCCUCAGCCUAAGAAGAGGAGGAGGCGCCUGGAGCGCUCCAUGAUCGGGGAGCCGAUGAACUUCGUGCACCUGACCCACAUCGGCUCCGGGGACAUGGCCGCGGCGGAGGGGCUGCCCGGGAGCGGAGCCGUGCAGGAGAUGAGGUCCAAGGGCGGCCGGGAGCGGCGCUGGAGCAGCUCCAGAGUGUUGUAGCCUAUUCCUGGCUUUCUCAGCCCAAACUUGAAC